AUGCCCUCACCUGGAGACAUAUGGGGGUUGCGUGACGGGCUGCAAGUGGUUAUUCAAUUGAAUAAUAAUGGUCAAGCAAUAGGAGUGGGUAGUGAGAAGUUAGCCCGCUUUGGUGCUUUACUUGUUAAAAAAUGGGGUUUUUACCCCAUGGGUAACCCAGACUGGAGGACAGUACCCAAUGAACAGACAAAUCCUAUGUGGGAAAUAAUGAGGAGAAAAUUCUAUUUUGAUACAAGCUUGCUGCCAAAAACGGUCAAAAAGAUAAUCAUCCAGGGGUUGGGAACAAGAAGGAAGGAGCAUAAAUACAAACUAAAGCGUUCGUUGAACAUCCAGCUGGGUGAGACUGCUCAAAGUCUCAUUGCGUCAGUAGCGCCCGCAUCCAUGGAAGACCCUGAGGAGUUCGAAACUAUGGCUAAAUAUUGGACAGAUCCCAGAGCCAAAGCCAAGAAAAAUAAGGAAAGACAAGGCAAACAGACAUUAGUCCACGCUUGUGGGUCAAAGAGCUUAGCCAGGAGUGCAUUCGAGGAUGAGUCAAAAUCAGGCAGGGGUCCUGAUAGAGGCGAGCUAUUCAUAAAAACUCACAAGCACAAGGAUGGUACCCUAGUUUCUAUAGAGGCCACGACCAAAAUUUCGCAGAUGGAGGAGUUGAUGGCACAACAACCGCAAUCGACUCGAGGGUCCACACAGGGGACAAUUUCUUGGGAUCCAAAUGAUGUAUACUCCAAAGUUUUUGGCAAGGAAAAGCCUAGUCAUGUACGUGGUCUGGGAAAAGGUAUUCCACCUAAGUCAUCGGCAUGGACUUCGUCAUUGAUGCCAAAAGGUACCUGCAAUGAUCCUGCACAUUCGAAUUUUGAUGCAUUUAGAAGAGAAGUGGCCAUGGAUUUUGAUAAGGUAUUUCAGCAGUUGAAUGCGGCUGACUUGUCGCAGAAUGGAGGUGCGUCGAAUGUUAACUUUGAUAGGGAUAAAGAUCCGGACCACGAUGAUGAAGAAGAUGAUGAUGAGACGCAAGGCUAA